CUCCCCCUCUCAUGUCGUCACUUCUUUCUCUGCCUGUCUCUGUACGCGUUCAGCAAUGGCGAGAGGCUCUUCUCAGUCGCAAUCCUCCUCCACCACCUCGCGACCAGGCUUGUUAGCCCAACGUGGCACCGCUGCAGCCACGGCGGGAAUGCGCAGGCGCAGGGUUUCGAGUACCGCGUCAGCUGGAGGUGGCUCUGCCUCUGUCGGUUCCGGCACCAGCAGCAACAUGCUUCGAUUCUACACCGACGAUGCCCCUGGCUUGAAGAUCUCCCCCACCGUCGUCCUUGUCAUGAGCCUCUGCUUCAUCGGCUUCGUUACGGCUCUCCACGUCUUCGGCAAGCUCUACCGCUACAAAUCCGGAGCUGGAGCCUGAAUCGGGUGAAUCGAUCCCGUAUAACUAGUUUCAGAUCUCUGUUGGCUUAGUUGGAACGCCUUGGUGAUCGAGUUCAACUUGAGUCGGUAAUCUAAUGUUGCGAUUUCUUUCUUUUCGUUUUUUUCUUUUUGUCGUAUUUGCUCUGUAAAUGGUGGCAGGGUUGUACUGCCUAGGGUUUGAUCUGUUAAAAGUAGAUUGGUUGGAUAUUGCUUUGAAGCUAAAGAGUGAUGUUCAAUUAAUCCUUUUCUUCAUGAUCCUAAUAUUCGAUUCUGAUU